GAUACACCUAGCAGCUGCGGUUGGUUGAACAAAAUGGCAACGUAUGGUGAGGAGCCAGUCGACAGCUAUUUCUAUUCAUCUUACAACCCUUACAUGGGCAGAUAUCCCCGAGCUAAAGACGCGGGGUGGAAAUAUAAAAGUUAUCUCUCCCACUACGGGGACACUGAUGCCUUUAACAACCAGCAGCGCGCUCAGCUCAAGUCCAUCUUAUCUCAAAUCAACCCCAAACUCACCCCGAGGCUCAGGAAGGCAAACACCAAAGAUGUGGCGGUGCAGGUCAACCCGAAGAGGGACGCCUCGGUACAGUGCUCCAUCGGCCCGCGGACGCUCCUGUCCAUGAAGAGGGACUUCCGGCGCAAAAGGAGGCAGGAGCCCGGGACACCCGGCGGCAGCGUCAGCCUCAGUGCGGCGGUCGGUGUGCGUUACCCCCGCACCCUCGCCGUGUACUCGCCUAUCGCCUACAGAAGCGUCACCACCUUCCUGGUCGAUGACAACAACAACAAUAAGGAAGCCCCCUGUGGUGAGGCGAAGCCCGCAGAGCCGCCCGGCGACCCGCCCGAGUCUGCGGGGAAAAGCGACGGGAAGAAGAGCGAAUAUACCCAAGCUGCUGAGGGUGAGAAGGCCGCUAAACAACGAGACCAGCGCGAGAAACUGAAGUCCAAACAGGCGAAGAGCGAAGAUGCGCAGCUAACUACAGAGGGGUCAAAGGUCAAGGCGCGUGUGCGUUUCCAGUUUCUGGAACAGAAGUACGGAUAUUAUCACUGCAGAGAAUGCAAUCUACGAUGGGAGAGUGCCUAUGUGUGGUGCGUUCAGGGCACCAACAAGGUUUACUUCAAGCAGUACUGUAGAAAAUGCCAAAAGGACUUCAACCCAUAUCGUGUUGAGGACAUCACAUGCCAUACUUGCAACAAAGCACGUUGUUCCUGUGCAAUAACACAACGCCACGUCGACCCUAAACGGCCCCACAGACAGGACUUGUGUGGCAGAUGCAAAGGCAAGCGGCUCUCCUGCGACAGCACUUUCAGCUUCAAAUACAUCAUCUGAGGAGCACCUCCACUGAACUUUGCCUCCAGUAAACGUCCUGUUGUGGAGGGGGCAUAUUUACAGAUGCAAUCAUUGCAUCUUGGAUGUAAAAGAUAUAUAUUUGUUACUUUAUUUCAUGCCUGUUUUGUGUUGAUGAAAUUGAUGGUGAGAACCGCACACUUGGCAGCGUAAUAAAUGGCUACCAUGCACUCA